GUAGUCCUCCACGGUUACACUCUACCGCGCAUGCGCAGAUGAGGGGUGGGCGGGCAGUAUGCUGCCAUGGCCCCGUCCAUGGACGUGUUGUGCUGGGAGAUGAAAACGAAAGCACAGUUCGGCAGGAUACGGUCACUGGUGGACACCGGUUGUUGAAUUCCAGGAUGAACGACAUGAACCUGAGUCCUGUGGGCAUGGACCAGCUCAGUGUGCCCUCAGUGAGCGCAGGCCACCUGGGUCUGCCAGCCUCCCCCACGCACAACCCCAUCCCCGCUCCAGGCAUGCCAGUGGCCAUCCCCAGCCUGGGUCCUUCCCUUGGCUCCCUCCCCUCCGCCCUCUCGCUGAUGCUGCCCAUGGGUCCGCUGAGUGACCGAGGAGUGAUGUGUGGCCUGCCAGAGAGGAACUACUCCUUGCCCCCUCCUCCUUACCCCCACCUGGAGAGCAGCUACUUCCGACACAUACUGCCAGGUAUUCUGUCUUAUCUGGCAGAUCGUCCACCACCUCAAUACAUUCACCCCAGCAGUCUUAACAUGGACGGGACCCUCUCUGUGGCCAGCAACAAUCCCUCAGGUCUGGACCCCUACAGCGGCCCCGGGGGCCCACUGGAGCAGGGCCUGGUGCCUAUGGAUUCCAGACAGGUCAGUGGGCAGGGAGACCUCCACCAGUCCGGUGCUCAUCAUGAACUGGACUCUACGGGAUUGGCCAUGGAGUCACGCGUCAGCAGCCCAAUGUCCCCUGAUAGGAUGGGAGAGGACCUGGGCACCAUGGAUGGAGUGUCUGACACUCAGCAGCAGCUCGGCGGGGGAAGGCAGCCUCAGCCCCACGAGGGCUUGACCGGGGUGGACUCAUCUGGCAGGGUGUUGCCCCUGAACGGGCCGCCCGUGCUCGAACUUCCAGUGGUGAUGGAGCCAGAUCACAUGGGCGGCCGAGUCGGGAACGCCGGAGGAGGAGCAGGGGGCCUCGGGGAGCAGCUCCACUCGAACGGAGAGCUGAGCUCAGGAGUCGUCAGUGUGGUUCUCACCGGCUCCAUGGCCAAUCAGGGCCAGCUGGAGCCGGUGCCUCUCCACGGACACUCUGGGAUGGGGCUGGAGUCGGUGAACGUGUCCACCAUUACUGCAGAAGUCACCCUGGGGCCCGAAAACAACCUGGUGUUGGUGAACUCCACCUUGCAGCUCGAGGAUUCCACCUCCAACAAGGAGAACAUGGUCACUGCCUACACCAUCUGGUGCACACUAUGUGAGCGCUCGUAUUCCUCCGAUUGCCCGGAGCACGGCCCAGUCACCUUCAUCCCUGACGCACCCAUCCAAAGCCGGGCUCGCCUCUCUCUGCCACGUCCACUGUGCCUGCGCAUCUCAGUGGCCGAUGAGCCACUCGGAGUAUUUGCACGGGAUGUCAUCCCUCCAAGGACCUGCUUUGGACCAAUGGUCGGCCAGCAUUGCAGCAAUGUGGAUCUGUCCGAUUGGCCAGAAAAGGACACGCCUCAGAUUUGGAAGAUGUAUCACAACAACGUGCUGGAAUUCUACAUCGUCACAACGGACGAGAAUGAAAGCAACUGGAUGAUGUUUGUCCGCAAGGCGAGGACUCGUGAGGAGCAGAACCUGGUGGCAUACCCUGCCAACGGUAAACUCUUUUUCUGUACAACCACAGAGAUCCACCCGGACCAAGAGCUGCUUUUCUAUUACAGCCGAGACUACUGCAGGAUGAUGGGUGUUCCUCAGGUGCCCGAGGGCCAGAUCUGCCAGUGUGGAAAAGAGUGCUCCUCCUUCUCUGAGCUCAAGUCUCAUCUCGGCAGCCAUAACAGCAACCACAGCCAUACUCAAGAUCCACACAGCCACAGCCCAUCACAUCCGGACCAUUCGCAGCAGCAGCAGCUACAACAACAACAACAACAACAACAACAACAACAACAACAGCGGCAACAAGAGCAGCAACCUCAGCAACAGCAACACACUCACCAGGAAGAGAAGCUGACCAAUGGGACCUCUAGCUCUUCGUCCUCACCGUGGCCCUGCCAUGCUCACGCUGCGGGACAAACAAACAAUGACAACAAUAACAACAGCAUGAGCAGCAGCAGCAGAGGCAGCGCUAAUAGAAACUCUAGUAAUGUUAAUUCAAGAGCAAAAGGACAGGGCCACGUGCGGGAGAAGAAAUUCAAGUGCAGCAUGUGCUCGCGAGCUUUCAUCACGUCCACCAAGCUCAACGUGCACUUCAUGGGGCACGUGGGGAUGAAGCCUCACAAGUGUGAAUACUGCAGCAAGGCCUUCAGCGACCCCAGCAACCUCAGGAUGCACCUCAAGAUUCACACAGGUCAGAAGAACUAUCGGUGCACAGUUUGCGAGAAGUCGUUCACGCAGAAGUCCCACGUGGCGUCGCACAUGCUCAUCCACACCGGAGCGGAGAAGCUCAAGUGUGACCUCUGCGACCGGGCUUUCAUCAGGAAGCACGACCUGAAGCAGCACAUGUUCUCUCACACGCACGAGCGGCGCAUACAGUGUCCAAAGUGCAACAAAGACUUCCUCAAGACCAACCACCUGAAGAAGCACAUGAACUCUCACGAGGGUCGCAGAGACUUUGUCUGCGAGAAAUGCCACAAAGCUUUCCUCACCAAAUACCACCUCACCCGUCACCUCAAGAUAUGCAAGGGGCCCAAGUCGGAAAGAGCGUCCCGCAAGGGGCGGGAUAUAGACGAGGAAGAGGAGGAGGAGGAGGAGGAGGAGGAUGAUGACGAAGAAGACAGCAGGGGAGGAGGAGAAGGAGGAGAGAGAUUGGAUGACUCUGCCACUAAUGAAGACUGUGGUUUAGAUGUUGGAGGAUAUAACUCUGAAAAGUCGCUGUCGCCGCCUCAUUGACGACACUGUGCCUCUUUAAAAUGUCUUGUUUGUUUAUUUAUUCACUACAAGGCCGAUGUUUACCUCUAGUUUUUGCCAAAUGUCUACAAUAUUUAUUGUAACAUCAUAAUCAAUUGCCACAUUUGACAUAAUUAAACUAUGAAAAAUCUGAUAUUUGUGUUUCUCAUAAGAAUAACGGUGCUUCGACAACAAUCUUCAUAUCACAAAGACCUGACUAUUUUUCCGUAGCUAUUCUUUUCUUCUUUUUUCAUUUAACUAAAGCCUGUGCAAUACUAUCGGUUGAUGGAAUUCCUAUAAGCUAGCGUUAAUAAUUGUCCUUCAAUCUGACUGUGUGUACGCCUGAUCUUUUCAUUGUUUUCCUUAACGUUGGUCGUGAUUUCUGAUGCCGUGUUCUCACGUUAGAGACCUGAUCCUAAUGUAAUGGCUAAAUGCUCUGGGCUUUUACUCUUUAUUUAUUAAAAACAGGUUUUAUUUUUGUC